AUGCCUUUAAACCUUCGCUUUUAUAUCCAGUGUUCACAGGUUGGGCUAGAAAAGGAAUUCUCUCCUUAUUCACCCAGAUCUACACUGACUGUGACAUCAGACAGUCCUGUAUUCACUGGAGAGAGAGUCAAUCUGAAGUGUGUGAUUGAGUCUCACAGUAACUGGAGAUAUGAGUGGUAUAAAGGCACAGACAGUGUAAUGUCACAGACGUCUGAGUGUUACACUGUAAACAGAGACACUCUCACUAUCAGAGGAGCUACUGAGUCUGAUCAGGAUCUGUACAUGUGUAGAGGACAGAGAGAUGAAAGACCAAAAUCAUCACAAUCAAGCUCUGUUUCUCUCAGAGAUUCACCCAGAUCUACACUGACUGUGACACCAGACAGUCCUGUAUUCACUGGAGAGACAGUCAAUCUGACAUGUGUGAUUGAGUCUUAUAGUAACUGGAGAUAUGAGUGGUAUAAAGGCACAGACAGUGUAAUGUUACAGACGUCUGAGCGUUACACUGUAAACAGAGACACUCUCACUAUCAGAGGAGCUACUGAGUCUGAUGCAGGUCAGUACUGGUGUAGAGGACAGAGAGAUGAAAGACCAAACUCAUCACAAUCAAGCUCUGUUUCUCUCUCUGUGACGGAUUUACCCAGAUCUACACUGACUGUGACACCAGACAGUCCUGUAUUCACUGGAGAGACAGUCAAUCUGACGUGUAAGAUUGAGUCUCACAGUAACUGGAGAUAUGAGUGGUAUAAAGGCGGAAACAACAGUGUAAUGUUACAGUCAUCUGAGCGUUACACUGUAAACAGAGACACUCUCACUAUCAGAGGACUGAAUGAGUCUGAUCAGGAUCAGUACUGGUGUAGAGGACAGAGAGAUGAAAGACCAAAAUCAUCACAGGAGAGUGAACGAAUAAAUCUGUCUGUUAAUGUGUCAGGUUCAGGUCAGAUUUCUGUCUUCAACAUCCUCAGUUUUCUUCUGGCAGCUUGUCCGUAUCUGCUGGCGACAGUCGUGCUGCUUUUCAAAUGCUACAGAGCGAGAGUUACAUCUAUUGAAGAUCAAAGCCAGUGAGCUGUAACAGAGGAAGAAACAUCAAGCUGAUGUUCCAUCCAUCCAUCCACCA